AUGCGCGGUACCUUAUACAGCUCAAUCUUUAACCACAUUGUACACCCCACAAAUGUUUGCACAAUGCUGCCACAGAGGUUCAAGAGGCAUUACAGUCGUGGAGGCUGCCGAGAAUGUAAACGGCGGAAAAUAAAGUGUGAUGAAGCAAAACCAGAUUGUUCUGAAUGUUCAAGAUUGGGGAAAGAGUGUUCCUAUCCUCAAAUUGGUGAAAAGGUGGUACGAGGGUCAGGGAAGGAGAACGGAGAAAAGAAGCCUCGGUAUAGAAGGAAAGUAUGGAAUUUUCAGAUGUAUAUGGGUCCAGAAAAUCCAAGGAAAAUGAUGAAGUGGGACAGUUCUUUCUCUGUAGGAAAUGUUAAUGAAAGUGGGUCGGAGAAUAACAAUAAUUCUCAUCAAAUUCAUGAUGGUGAGUUCAAGAAUGGAGACUCUCUUGAAGUUCAUAAUGUUGAGUUCAAGGAUGAAAGCGCUCAUCAAGUUUUUGGCGGUAGAAUCAAGAAUGAAAACCCCCAUCAAAUUCAAGAUGACAACUUACAGAACCUCGAUGACAAAUUGAAUUCAUCCAGUAAUCACCAAGAAGCAAACGUUGUACCUCGCUCAAAAGAUUCGGUCAGUCCUUCAUCGCUAUGGUCUGGCGAUCUUUACAAUGGUGAAGAUCUCAACUUAUUAGCAACAGAUUUAAACAACCUUGUGAAUGAAAUCAUGUUCAACUCAAAUAUAGUACCAAAUACAAAUAGUGGACAAGCAAUGACUGACCUUGACCCUGGAAUAAUGUCCUGUUUAUACGAUUUGCCGACAGAUAUUUCGGACUACUAUACGAUUGGUAAAACGGAUGAGGAGAGGCGAUACAUAAGACAAUUUUGUGAACGAUUUACCCUCCAAAAAUUGCCUUUUGGUGUUGACAAUAAUAACUCCGGUUCAUACAGAAACGCUAUCAGAGAAGUUGUCAUGCUGCAUGCAGUAAAGGAACCUUUUCUACUCGCUGCGGUCUUAUCACAAGGAGCAUAUUCAGCAUCAGAAUUCCAAACUGAUGAUAAACUAUGCCAACAAGAUUUAGAAAACUGCGGGAAAUAUUUAAACAAUUGUUUACAAUUGUUAGUGCCGGCAUUAAAUCAAACUCACAAGAAGCAGGUGAAGGGAGAUUUAACCUCUAAUAUUGAAAACAUAUUACUUACGGUGUUGUCACUAGCGAUGUCGAAUGCCUGCAAUGAGAAGCAAAGUUGGCGUCCACAUUUGGAAGGAGCUAAAGAAAUAAUUAUGAAAGCCACAAGCAGUAAAAUUCGACUGUCUAGAACAUUAAUAGUGUGUAAGAUGUGGUUUGCAGAUUUCGAGGUGUUAGCUGGGCUAAGUUCCGAGUUGGGUGGAACACUUCGAACAAAAGAACAAAUGGAUUUGGUGUUUCACUUCGAUCCUUACGAGCAAUCGGUGUUGAAAGAUUUUGGGUUGAUACUAGAUAACGGGUUUUGUGUGGUCACGGGAUACCAUAUCGAAUGUCUUGAGUACUUUAGAGAGCUUUGUGAUUUGCUAAGACGAAAGAGGAGCAAUUCCGAGGAGCAACCAGAUCCACUCGAGUACAUGUACUUGAUCAGUGGGCUAUAUUUCCAAAAUCAAAUCAAGUUUGCCCAGGUGGAAACAACGUCCACUAGGCAGUUCUUGCAGGGCCCAUUGUGCGAUACGAUACAGAAUUCAGAUGGUACAUUUAAAACAAUUUCCUGGAUGGAUUUGUCUCAACAGGCGUUUACAUUAGCUGGUUUAAUAACUGUAUUUAAACGGUUACUAAACAACCCCCCAGAGUCAAAUCAUUUAAAGGGGUUGGUUACAAAAAUGAUUGAUUUGAUAAAAGUAUUCCAAGAAUGUAAACCACAAGAUAGUACAAGAUUCCCUUUUGCGUUUCUGAUGAUACAAUGGCCAAUAUCAGUUGCGGGAUUUGCAUGUACUGAACCACAGCAAUUUCCAGUGAUUGAAAACUUUUUUGAAAUGUGUUCCCAAACAGGCUCGAAUAGUGCCAGUUUGACAUUGAAACAAAUUAAGAAGAUAUGGAAAUUACGAGAGACAGGAGAAGUAAUGGAUGGUGUUGAUGGAGGUAGCGUAGAUAUCAUAGCGUACUAA